AUGCCUUCCGCCGUGCGCCCGGAAGACGUCGCCUUCAAUCGCGUCAGCGUCGCCCUCGCUCGCAGCCAGAGUCUGGUCGCGUCAUGGCUGCCCCCGCGCUCCACUGAAGAUGAGGCCGCGCAAAAGACACCCGAGCAGCUGCAGAAGGAGGAAUCUGCCCUGUUUACUGCUGGUUCCGACAUCCUAGGCGUCGGCGCUGAGCCACCGAAAGAUAUCCUGGACGGUAGCUUCAAGCGCAACCAGCUCUCUUCCAACGAGCGCCUCCGCCAGCAGAUCCUCGGCAAGAACGCUGCUAAGAGCCGUGGCGUCCAGUCGUCAGACCAAAAAUCUACCGCCGCCGCCCACCUGCCGAGCAAGAAAUUGGAACGACCAACGAAGCCUGUGAGAGCCCAGGACGACAGCGAUGAGGAGGAGGAUGGGCGUGCGGCUAUGUUCAAGUCGAAAAGGAAGGCUGCCCUGACUCCAGUAAAAAAAGAGGCAUCGAAGGGAGAAGAGAGCGGAUCCGAGGAGGAGGCAAAGGGCAGGGCGGCGCCUAAACAGGCGAAUACAGCGGCAGCACAAGCGCAGGAGAAGUCGAGGAAGCGACCCGUCAGUUUUCUGGAUGAGCUGCUGGAGGAGCGCACGAAGAAGAAGAAUAAAAAGCAAAAGGCUCAGGCAGGGGCUCAGGUGAAGGCAGCGGUAGAGGAGCCGAAGGACGAUUCACGGGAGCAAAAGUCCGAGUCCGCCCCCGCAACCAAGCAAAUGGCAGACGAAGAAGACUCUGCGGAUGGGUCUGACAAAGCCACUUCGAAACCAGCACCGGCAAAAGUUUCUAUACAACAUGGAGACUCUGGUGACGCUGCCGUCGCUGCGGAGAACGCUCUGUUGGACCGCUCUGACAAGAAGAAAAAGAAAAAGAAGAAGAAGAAGAACAAGGGCGAGGCAACACAAGAGCCUUAA